CUACUGUGCCACAAGUACUUACCGCAACCGGGAGGCAUCGCACGGUUUUACGGACAUCUUUUUAUAACAGCGGACCUCCGUUGGGUGAAGUUGCUUUGGGGUCAUGUUGCCACUGGUCGUGCCCGCUGUACUUUGCCUUUAGUUUCUGUAUUUUUUUCUAUCACGGCGUUUGUGACAGUUUUCCGGGCGAAUGUAGUUACUAGCACCAACCCGUUAGGAUGCUUCGAACUCUGUUCUGUCUUUGUCUGCACGAAAUUCAGGGAUCACCUUUUCAAAUGGAACACAUUUAGGCUGUCAUCAGCACUGAAGCUUGUCCAGAUCAAGUCCAGAGAAUUUCUGAGGUUCUCGACGGUGCACGGUGUCCACCACACGAAUCGGCCCCACCGCUGCCACCUGUGCUUCCGGGCGUUCGGCAACAAGGCGCACCUGCGGCGCCACCUGCUGAGCCACACCGGGGAGAAGCCCUUCGGCUGCCCCUUCUGUGAGCGGCGCUUCUCGCAAGCCUGCAAUGCCAAGGUGCACGUGGCCAACGUGCACAGCCAAGCCAAGACGCGCAGCAAGCCGGCGUUUGAGUACCCGGGCGCCUUGCGUGGCAGACGCAGCUCGGGGCGUCGCGUCCCUUCAAGUGUGCCUUCUGCAACUACACAACCAACUACAAGGGCAACCUGCCGACGCACGAGCGCAAGCACACCGGCGAGCGCCCCUUCCUCUGUGGCUGGUGCCCGCGGCGGUUCGGGAACCGGUCCAACCUGACGCGCCACGUGAGGCUACACCGGGGGGAGACUCCGAGGCGCCACCGGGUGGCGCGUCUACCGCAGGCGUCGCAAGCGGUGCUUCCUGACGAUCC